CCGUCGAUUUUUGAGAUGCGCAUAGAUUAGCACCCAUCCAGAGUUGGUAUAAAGUGAUCAUAUAAAACAUCGUACUUAAAUCAAAUAUCGGCAGUAAUACAAAAUCAACAAAAAUGGCAGCCAUGAAAGUUUUACUGUUUGUAACUGUUGUUGUAUCAGCAAUUGCUUACACUCAGGCUGUCAAGUGCUAUGCCUGUGACUCCAAAGUUGGUGGUAAAACAUGUAGCAAAGCACAAUCAGAAGAUUCCAACGUCAUAGACUGCAGCAGGUGGACUCCACUUACUGGACAGGAGUACGCUUGUGUCAGAUAUGAAUAUAAAAUAGGUAAGGAGACGAACACCCUUAGGUCCUGCGUCGAGAAGAGCAAAUCUUGUUUGAGAAUGGAGCAAGAGAGCCAGUUCCCUCUGAAGAACUGUAAAGUCUGCGAUAAAGACAAAUGUAACGGACACUAAAUUAUGGGAACCUAAUAAAACUACUUUUUGAAUAAACAUAA